UGACAACUAUUAGGGGACAGGUGUCGUUCUCUUUUGCUUCCUUUACCAUCUUUGUCUUUCUGCUUAAGAUUUACCUUUUAUUAUUAUUAUUAUUUAUUUUUCUAAAAAAGGGUCUCAUUAGAUUUAGACUCACUACCAUUACCAUUACCAUUACCAUGUGAUGUGAUUUGCAGUAGUACAAUCGUCAGUAUCAUCAUCAUUCCUAUGUACGACUCCUUUUUCUUUCUCUCUCUCUAAAAUCUAACAUCUCUGCCAUUACAUUACACAAUUAAAGAAGAAGAAGAAAAGAUUUCACACGCUCAAUCGCUCAGAUUUCCUUGUCUCUUUAUACUUACAGUGUCACUGAUUGUGGCGCAUUUUAGCAUCGUCUUCUAUCUCAGAUUCAUUUUAAUCUCACUGUUUCGUACCUCUGCAUUUCUACAAGCAUAGUAUUUGCAGUCGGUCGUAGAGCACCCUCUUGCGGAAGUUGGAGGUUUUAUAAUAUUUGAUAUGAGAGGGCGUCUCCACGACGCUUUUUCCACGUACAAGCGUGGACCAGCGAGGGAUUAUUUCAAUGGUUAUGACAAAGAUGGAAGUUCUGAACGUUUAGUGAAUGGCAAAGAUACUGUCAACCCCUCAUGGAGACGUUCUUUACCGCAUAUGCUUGUUGCUGCGAUUUCUUCAUUCUUGUUUGGAUACCAUCUCGGUGUGGUCAAUGAGACACUAGAGAGUAUUUCUGUGGAUCUUGGCUUCAGUGGGAAUACUUUAGCUGAAGGUCUAGUGGUAAGUACAUGUUUAGGAGGUGCUUUUGUUGGAUCUCUAUUUAGUGGGUGGCUUGCAGAUGGAGUUGGUCGUCGAAGGGCAUUCCAGCUCUGUGCAUUGCCUAUGAUAAUUGGCUCAGCAAUGAGUGCAACAACUAAAAGUCUGUGGGGUAUGCUUCUUGGGAGGUUAUUAGUUGGAGCUGGAAUGGGCAUUGGGCCAGCGGUUGUAGCUCUCUAUGUAGCAGAAAUUUCACCAGCUUUUAUAAGGGGUAGGUACAGUUGCUUCACACAAAUCGCAACAUGUCUUGGAAUUAUGGGGGCUCUUUUUAUCGGACUCCCAGCCAAGGAAAGAGAGGGUUGGUGGCGGGUUUGUUUUUGGGUAUCCAUUGUGCCUGCUGCAACACUUUCUGGUCUCAUGGAGUUUUGUGCAGAGAGCCCUCAUUGGCUUUUUAAGAAAGGAAAAAGUACUGAAGCUGAAGCUGAAUGCGAAAAGCUUUUAGGAGCAGUAUAUGUUAAAUCUGCAAUGGCAGAGUUGUCCAAGUCUGAUAGAGGGGAGGAAUCAGAUUCAGUUAAAUUCUCAGAGCUACUAUAUGGCCGUCAUUUCAAAGUGGUUUUCAUGGGGUCUACCCUUUUUGCUUUUCAACAGCUAUCUGGCAUAAACGCUGUAUUUUAUUUCUCUUCAACUGUAUUUAAGAGCUUUGGGGUACCAUCGGAGGCUGCUAACAUAUGUGUAGGAAUCGCAAAUCUUCUGGGAUCAGUUAUUGCAAUGAUAUUGAUGGAUAAACUUGGAAGAAAGGUGCUUCUUCUCGGGAGUUUUUCUGGCAUGGUAGUGUCAUUGAUUCUUCAAGUGAUUGCAGCAAAUUCUUUAGCAUCAGGAUCUGGGACAUUAUAUCUAUCUGUUGGUGGCAUGCUUCUAUUUGUCUUCAUGUUUUCCCUCGGUGCUGGUCCAGUCCCAAGUCUCCUCCUUUCUGAAAUAUUCCCAGGUCGGAUCAGGGCUAAGGCUAUGGCAAUUUGCAUGGCUGUGCAUUGGGUGGUAAAUUUCUUUGUUGGUCUAUUGUUCUUACGCUUGCUGGAACAAAUUGGGGCAAAAUUUCUGUAUUCAGUCUUUGCCACCUUUUGUUUUGUGGCUGUGAUUUUUGUGAAGAGAAAUGUGGUGGAAACGAAAGGAAAAACGCUCCAAGAAAUCGAAAUAGCACUUAUUCCACCUGAGUGAAAGGGUCCAAUUAUUUUGGGAAUCCUACACGGCCAUUUACACAAGUUUACUUAUCAAUUUAUGGUAGAUAUGAUAUUAAACCUUAAAUUUACGUUUGCUCUGCCCUAUAAGUUACAAGGUUCGCGCAACACGAAGUUUUCGCAGGAAAAUUUGGAGUAAAAUCAUCAUCAGAUGCUCACAUUGAAAGGCCUACAUAUGUAUAUCUUUUCUUUUUGCUUUCUUAAGAACAUAAAUGUUAUAUAUAGAUAUAUUUUUUUGCAAGCUUCUGCAGUACCCGAAGCUUGCUUAAACAUGUACGAGUGUAGUUUAUCUUGUGCCCUUCAGUUUGAAGAAAUAUUUUUUGAUAUUGAAAUAAUUUUAAUGAUACAAACAUUGCAUUGCAGUGAAAA